AUGUCAUCUGAUGGUAGUUUAGGUGGUUACUUUCUGUUGUCAGUCACUGGACAGAUUGAAAAGGCUGACUACUGCUUCGCAACUGGUCAAGACUGGACCAAAUUAACCGGUCUCGAUGAAGGGAUGACUCAAACUUCUAUUAAAGGUGUUGGUUGCAAUGAUCAGAACAAUUUCAACUUUCCAAUUGACAUUUCAUGGAAGUCUACAAACCCAUUCGGUUGGCCUCAAAUCGUCCUCCAUGCUUAUGGCGUUGACGUCUUUGGUAAGGAUGUUCUGCGAGGUUACGGUGCCGUUCACGUUCCAAUGAAGAUCGGAAGCCACAAAAAAAGAGUAUCCAUGUUUGUGCCCCAAUCUUCUUCACAACCAGAGUUUCUUAAUCCGAAAGUAAUAGCUUAUGGUGAGGGUCGUGGAGUAACUAAAGUGCAAACCCAAGGUUUCGUAGAUAUCAUAUUCAAUAUCGCCGUAAAAAAUCUACAGAAUUUAGGUUAUGCUAAUGAUAAGAAAAGGGAGACUUUAACAGAAGAUUUAUUGAUGCUAAUAAAUAAAGAUCCAAUAUAG